AUGACAGAUACUACAACGACUUAUUCCGAUGAAUUAUUAAAUGAUGAAAAAUUACUUGCUAAUCAAAUAAAAGAAUAUGAAGCAACAAGUGAUCAACGACUUGAUGCAUCUCAUCCAUUUGUUGUUCGUGUUGAUGGUAUUUCAUUUCGAAAUUAUACUCGUGGUUUUAGUAAACCAUUUGAUCAACGUAUGACACGGUCUUUUAUUCGUACAUCAGCUGAUUUACUACAACGUUUUAGUCCAUUAACAGUCUAUUAUGAAUCAGAUGAAAUAUCUCUUGUUUUUGAUGCAUGUCCAAUACUUGAUUCAGCAGAAAAAAGACCUCGUGAACAUAUGUAUUCUGGUCGUAUACAAAAACUUGUAUCAGUAAUUGCUUCCUAUACAGCAGCAAAAUUUAAUAAAUAUAUUAAUGAAGAAGAUUGGUCCGAUAUAGAAAAUAAUCAAGUACGUGAACGUCUUGCAUCACAUUCAGCGUAUUUUGAUGGUCGUGCAUUUUCUGUACCAAAUCAAUUUGCUGCUAUGGCAUCGAUUUAUUGGCGUCAUCGAUAUGAUACAUUAAAAAAUGCAACAUCAACAUAUGCAUUAAGUUAUUAUAAACAAAAUGCUAUUUUAGGUAAAAGUCCACAUGAAUUACGUGAAUUAAUGCAAACAGAAAAAAAUUGGAAUAUGUUAAAUGAUGCACCAAAAAAUAUUAUCUAUGGAACAUUUUUAAAAAAAGAAACAUAUGAUUUAGAAUGUAUUGAUCGUAAAACACAACAACCUGUUAUUGUUAAACGUAGUCGAAUACGUAUUGGAUCAUUUAGUAUGCAGAAAUUAUUAUCUACAAAUGAAGAAAAAAUUGAAUUUAUCAUGAGUAAAUAUUGGAAUGGUGAAAAUAGAACUUUAGCUAAUAUUGAAAUACCCGAUUGGUGGAUGAAAUAUUAUCGACAACCAGAAACACUAACAAAUGAUGAUAUAUAA